GCACAUCGGGCGAGAACGACCAGCGCAGAGAUCGAGAGAGGAGGCCAGGACGGCCUCGCCAACGUCUUGACUUCGAAGAAUGAGAUAUGGGCAGAUAGUGAUUGGACCUGCAGGCAGUGGAAAAUCCACGUACUGCAGCAACGUGGUGAAGUACUGUCAGGAGUCCAAGAGGACCGUCCACGUGGUGAACCUUGACCCUGCAGCCGAGAAUUUUACCUAUGAUCCAGUGGUAGAUAUCAGGGAUCUAGUUCAGGUGGAGGAUGUGAUGGAGGACGAGGAGCUAAAGUUGGGUCCCAAUGGAGGCCUCAUCUUCUGCCUCGAGUACCUGAUACAGAACCUGGACUGGCUGGAGCAGCAACUGGGGCAAUACGAUGACGACUAUAUCCUAUUUGACUGUCCUGGACAAAUUGAGCUGUACACUCACAUCCCGCUGAUGAAGCGACUGGUGGACAGGCUGCAGCAGUGGAACUUUCGUCUCUGCUCUGUGUUUCUCCUGGACUCCCAGUUUGUGGUGAGCACCAGCAAGUAUGUCGCUGGUGUCAUGACGGCUCUGUCGUCCAUGGUGAGUCUGGAGCUGGCUCACGUGAACCUCCUCACCAAGAUGGACCUUCUCGACAAGAAAUCACGCAAGGAGGUAGACGAGAAGUAUCUGACCCCUGACCCCACCAUACUGCUGUCGGAUUUGAGUGAGACGACGUCAAAGAGAUACAACAAACUAAAUUCUGCCAUUGUUACUCUGAUUAGUGACUACAGUCUGGUGCAGUUCCUACCUCUCAACAUGGCAGAGGAGGACGCCCUGUCAGACGUCAUGCUCUACAUCGACAACACCAUCCAGUAUGGUGAAGACCUGGAUGUCAAGAUCCCUAAGUUGGAAGCUGAUGAAGAUUCAUGAAGUACACAACACACAUGAGACUGGCAAAAAGACGCACACACGAAAACAAGAUGUGAUCCAUGAUUAUAUGAGUGAUAAUUGUCCCAGGGUUCAUUGUCUCAUCAUCACGUCUUGCAGCGGUGACACGAGAGUGUACCAAUGUUGCAGUUCUCGCAUGCCCGACCAGUGCCCACAGGUUGCAGCAAUCUGCGCUUCUUUUCGGCCGAGGCUGUCCCCCAGUUUACGCAUCGUUUGGCAGCCCGGGGCUGUGUACUGCUACUUCUUCCAAACUGCUGGCAGUUCCCCUUGGUUCUGUGCAGUGGAGGCACAGUAGUUGCAGCUGGAGGACGGAGAGGAUAUGUGACUGUGGGCGAAGGCUUUUUCUUAGCUGGGGAGUAAAACUUGUGGGGAAUGUGGGCGUUAGUAGUAGCUGGUGACUGAACCAGAGAUGAAUGAACUGUGGCAGAUGCUGUGGCGGUGUUAGCUGGUGACUGGUGAACCGGAGCAGUGGUAGAUGUACAAAUUGUGGCAGUGUUAGGAGCAGGUGGUUGUGAACUACUGGGGUGACCAUUAGCUGGCACAGUGCUACACUGCAGUUCCUUCAAAACAGAGACAAUAGCCAAUGACAGCUGUGUGGAGGGAGAGACUGAAUUGGAUAGCUUGAGUACUCCAAUGUCUGGGAGCACCUUUCCAUUGGUGUAGAACACAUCUACAGCCUCUGUGUCUCUCGUAGUUCCUCUGGAGCGAAGGUAGCGAUGCUGAUAGAGUUUCUCGACCAGUGAAAUUGGGUGUAGGGAUCCGGCAAGUAGGA